AUGGCCGAUAUCAAUGAUCGAUCCCGUAUUUCAGUGUCUCCCUUUGGAGACCCAAUCCCUGUCAGCACUGCAGAGUUUCGAGCAGUAACUCAUGAGCCGACAAUGACCGACGACGACAUAAUCAUGUCGGAUCCUUCUGCGAUCUUCAUUACUUCACCUGUGCAGGAGGCCGGCCACACCUUCCUCCGCCCCACCGAGAACCUGCAGGUCGUCAUCGACCUCACUUGCGACGAUGAGACCAAUCAAGCCAUUGAGGAAUUGACCUCUGACAUGGCACAUGUUGCAGCUCCUUCCGCAAUUGCUGCCGGGGAUGACUCGCCGAGUGAUCGGUCUUCCUCCGGCAAUUCAUCUUUCAUCAGCAACCAGUCCGCUAGUUGCAGCCCAACGCCAGAGAUUGCCCAGCAAGAAAUAAAAAUCGGGGGUAUUGUGUUCAAACGCGGAAUAUGUCUAGAGCUUGAUGAUGGCUCUUUCAUGCGGGUUGAGGACAUGAUUCCUCAGCCUCACGACCUGCGCUUUUUCGGCCGGCGUCUUUACCGUACCACGCACCCUGAAGCCAAGACAUAUCUGCCAAAACUUAACGAUGAAUUGGUCUGGCUCACUCAAAACACCGACCAUGUCAGUAUCAAGAAAGUCAGACGGAGUGUGCCCAUUUGCUUCACGAACUUUCGGACUGACUUUAAUAACCCUAUAUCGGGGGACCUGACUUGUCGACUGAAGCUCACCAUUCGCCAACAAGGAGUCAUCAUUAUUCCUGGCCAUGCACCUUUGAGUGCAGAGCAGUGUGCAAUUGAAUGGUUGACCUUCGCUGAAUCAGAUCCAGGAUUUGGAAAGUGCGCAAAUGAGCUGCGUUCCGAAUGGAGAGGCGAGACAGUGCCUUUCGGUGAGGCUAGCGCAUCUUCCAUGGCUAUGGAUACUAAUCAACAGGGUGUGAUUGACCUGACUGCCCCUGAUGUGAUUGAUCUGACUGCCCCUAACCGUGCAUAUACCUUUGGUGACGCUUACUGUGGCGCUGGUGGUGUAUCUUGCGGGGCCAAGCAGGCCGGCGUAAAGCUCCAAUGGGCCGUUGAUAUUGACAAGCAUGCACUGGAAACCUAUCAGCUGAAUUUCAACGACGUGGAGGUCGAGCACUCCGAUUUUUUCAGUUUUCUUACUAACGAUCCAUCAUUCCUGCGAGUGGAUAUUGCACACUGUUCACCCCCCUGCCAAACCUGGUCUCCUGCUCAUACUGUGCCCUGUCCUCGCGAUGACGCCAACUCUGCAUGCGUAUUUUCGGCUGGAAGUCUGAUCCAGGAGUCCCGUCCCCGGGUGUUGACUAUGGAGGAAACCAUGGGGUUGCCACAACGAUUCCCCGUUAUCUUUAAUCGAGUUGUACUGGACAUGGUUGAAUUUGGGUAUUCUGUUCGCUGGUCGGUGCUUGGGUGUGAUGAAUAUGGUGUGCCUCAGGAGCGAAAGAGAUUGCUUCUUAUUGCUGCGGGGCCCGGUGAAGUUCUGCCACAUUAUGCCCAACCCACUCACGGUAUUGGUCAAGGUUUACUUCCCCGAGAGACCAUUUCGUCUACCAUUGACAACAUUCCUCCUGAUGCCGACGACCACAAUGUUGCAGGGGCCCUGGCACGGUGGGCAUUGAGCCACCGACCGUCGUUUGAUCGCAACUCUCUAGCCAGAACAAUUACUUGCGGGGGCGGCGAAUACAACUACCAUCCCUCGGGAACCCGGCCCUAUACCAGUCGUGAGAUGGCCCUCUUGCAGACAUUCCCCCUGAACUUCCAGUUUACUGGAAGAUUCAUGCGCAAGCAGAUUGGGAAUGCUGUGCCCCCGCUCUUCGCUAAAGCUAUCUACGGAGAGGUUGUCAAGUCUCUUCGUAAGACUGAUACAGAGGAGGCCAUGGGAAUAUUCCACUAA